UGUGGCGCGGCUGGGCGCACCCUCGCCAUUGUCUGCGCGGCGGUCCUUGCCUGCUGCGGGCACCGGCGGGCGGCACGGCGCUUGUGGCCGCGAUGCUGAAAGGCUGCGCGCCCCCUCAGACGCGGCAGCGGGCUCCAGCCCUGGGGAGCAGCCACCCCGCCUGCUGAAGACUGAAACUUUGCGUCCCCGCCGCUCCCUCUCCUCCCUCUUCCUUUUGCCCUUCUCCAUGCGCUGAGCGGCCGCGGGGCGCCCGCUCGGCCCCAUGGACGCCUUCAGCGCUGCCAAGGCCAAGAUGGGGGCGAAAAGCGGCGGCGAGGCGGCGGCGGCGGGAGUGGCCGCGCCUCAGCCCGCCGUGCCGGCCCCCAGCCCCGCCGGUCCCGGCUCGCCCGCCGCGUUCGAGCCCGCUGCCUACAAGCUGGAGGACCUGGAGACCCUGGCCACCGUGGGCACAGGUACCUUUGGACGUGUUCAUCUGGUGAAGGAAAAAAUGGCCAAGCGUUACUUUGCACUGAAAGUAAUGAGCAUUCCUGACGUCAUUCGACUGAAGCAGGAGCAACACGUGCACAAUGAAAAGUCUGUCUUGAAAGAAGUCAACCACCCUUUUUUGAUCAGAUUAUUUUGGACCAACCACGAUGAACGAUUUUUAUAUAUGUUAAUGGAGUAUGUGCCAGGAGGGGAACUUUUUAGUUACCUGCGCAACAUGGGCCGUUUCAACAACAGCACAGGACUGUUUUACUCUACGGAAAUUAUUUGUGCAAUAGAAUACCUGCACUCCAAAGAAAUAGUUUACAGAGACUUAAAACCUGAAAAUAUAUUACUAGACAAAGAAGGACAUAUCAAGCUUACUGACUUCGGAUUUGCAAAAAAACUGGUGGACAGAACGUGGACUCUCUGUGGCACUCCUGAGUACCUUGCACCAGAAGUUAUACAAAGUAAAGGCCAUGGAAGAGCUGUGGAUUGGUGGGCCCUGGGAAUUCUUAUAUUUGAGAUGUUGUCAGGGUUUCCUCCAUUUUUUGAUGACAAUCCAUUUGGUAUAUAUCAGAAGAUUCUUGCUGGAAAAAUAGAUUUCCCGAGGCAUUUGGAUUUAUAUGUAAAAGACCUUAUUAAGAAGCUGCUUGUGGUUGACAGAACAAGACGACUAGGAAAUAUGAAGAAUGGAGCAGAUGAUGUGAAGAGACAUCGAUGGUUCAGGUCUAUAGACUGGGAUGCUGUACCUCAAAGGAGACUAAAGCCUCCCAUAGUGCCCAAAGUAUCCAAUGAUGGGGAUACUUCCAAUUUUGAAGCUUAUCCUGAAGAUGACUGGAACAAGACACCUCCGGUACCUCCUAAAGAUCUAGAAAUUUUCAAGAACUUCUGAGUGUUACAUCUACACUGGGCAAGAAACUGGAAGGAAAUUGAACUGCUAAGAGCAAGUGUGAAGAAUGAUGGAGUUCAGAUAUAAAGGAAGAUUUUCUUUGUGGCUGAGAAUGAUACUGCAUUCAGAUAUGUGUAUUAGUAAAUGUCAUAAAAGGUGGAGGCAGGCAGGAAUAUUUUUUUGCUGUAAACAUUUGACUUUAGUUUAUUGUAAUAAUGAUAGUCUACUCUAAAGUAGACUAAGUAAAAUGAUAUUUUUAGGAUUUUUUUUUUAACUUAUGGUUGAAUUAAGUUUCCUGCUAUUCCCAGAUCCUUUUUGCAUAGUUAACUCAUAGACUUAAUUUUAUAAGUUUAUACUAAAGUUGUGUAAUUAAAAGCACAAAUUAGUAUAUAUGUAUAUAAUGGAUACAGUACAACUAAAGCACAGGAAUUGUGCAAAGAUGUAAAUUUUUGUACUUUGCAGAGUCUAUGAUUUUUAUUUUUCAAAUAAUGUUUUUCAAGAAGUUCUUUAGGAAUAAAAGUCUUAAAAAAAGGAUAAAUGAGUUUUUCAUCAUCUUAUAUACAUUUUAUAAUUCUUUGUAAAAAAACAGAAAUAAUUAAGUUUUAAAAAAGAUUUGUACCUAAAAUUUAGAAUGCCUCACACUUACAACCAUAGUACUUGAAAGCAGAAAGACCAGGGCAUGUUAUAUUGUUGUUAAAGAUGUAUCUUAUUGGCUAAUUUAUGAAGUUCUGUUACAAUUAUGUCUCUUUGAAAACCAGAAUUUUGAGUGAUUAUACACUGUCUGAAAAGAUUCCUCACAUGAAAACUCACUGUAAACAUGCAAGUCAGUCCAUCCUGAUAAAAGGGCUGUAACUGGCUCUCACAGGAAUUGUUCCCUCACAAACUUGUUGUCUUCUCCAAAUGUAAAGCAUGAGCCAUAACAGAUCUUUUUCGUUAGUGAAAUAGUUAUUGUAGAAUGCCGAACACCUCAUAUUAUCAGAGGGAAGACUGAAUAUGUAGUACAACCUUAUUUUUCUGCUCCUCCUUUUUUGAAAAUGUCCCAGUCCCUGCUGCCAGCAAUUUCGUAUGUACAGAGUUCAGACCUUAGAUGCACAGAGUCUUUUUUUCCAUCCUGUGUUAAAAUCUUUCUAGCAGCUUGAGCACACUUUUUUGGAAGUACUUGCAAUAUUGAUUCAUUUUAAGUAGCACUAGAUACCAGUAUGUGCGUAUGUAUGUAUCUCUAUAUGUGAAUGCACAGAAAGAUGAAGGUAGAUUGCAUACUAGGCAGAACCUCUUUUUUUAGGGUUUUUUUUUUCAUGUUAUAUAUUGUGAUACCUGUCUUAAUAUAAGGGAGUUGAUUUUGAAGUACUUCAAUUACAAAAAACAAAAUGACAUUUUUUAAGAUGUUGUCGGUUUUAGGUAGCUUCUAGUGAAAUUACCAUAUUUAGACUUUUUUUUCUCAGAACACAUCAGCUCUCUGGAGUCUGCUACUAUGACUUACGGCUCUACAUGAUACUGUUUAAUUAGAUCAUACAGACAGUUUUUCCCAAAAACUAUUCUCUACAUUUUUGAUCUGAAAGCAAUAAGAAAUGUAGGCUGAAGAUUUGUUUAGAUUUUUAAACUAAGUCCAAAUGCCUACAAAGCAGGCAUUCUAGUAAUUGCUACUGAAAUUAUCAUAUUUAUGAUUUUAUGGCAGAUCUGUUACUGGAGUCUUCUUGUGGAAAAGUGGUCUCAAUUUUUUUUUUUUUUAAACAGUACAGAAGUGCUAUUGAGAACCUGUAACUUCUAGGGUAUUAGAUUAUUUCUUCAUAAAGCAAAUCUUAUGAAAAGAGAUUGCAUAACUCUUGUCAAAAAUGCACAAUGUGUAACAAAAUCAGGACAUUUCAGAAUGAUAAUUCUGGAAUAUCACAAAGCUGUCGUGAUGUUUUGCAAGUUGGUGGCUCCAGCUGCCACUCAGUAAAUAUUGUGUAGGAAUGUAUAAUGAAAUACAAGACAUUCCAUAGGAAAUUACAGUUUAAACCUAGUGUGAGUACCUUAUUCUCCUGGAAAAAUGAACUUGGCCCACUGUAUUGGUAUCUGUUGAACUAGUUAUUCUAAAUCAGUUGGAAAAACUGAAACACAUAAAACACAGCUUAUUUUGUGUAAGGGGGAGCAAACAGUUGGUGAGUUUUCUUAAUGUGCAAGUGUAUAGUAUUUUAUGGACUCUGAAUACUAUAUACAUCAAUUUCUUAUUUGCAAAUUUAUGUACUGCAAGAAAGUGUGCUAUAUAUAGGAUUUUUUUUUCAAAUUUCAAAGCUCCUCUUCAGAUCUGAGGAAAUGAUGUUGAAAUUGAGUAAUUUGCCACAGUGGCAGUUAGAAGUUUUGAAUGCUUGAACAACAGGAGAUAGUAAAUUUUCUUUUUAUGACUCUUAUCCAUUGCUGGCAGUGGAUGCACUGACACUCACUAUGAUGGAGACUAAGGAAGCAAAUACAAUGCUGUUAAUAAUGAUAAUCCUUUGACUUUACAUUGUGUCCGAGCCAUGUGUACAUACACCUAACUACUGACCUCGUCAGCAUGCUUUCUAGUACAAAACUGCUUUCAAUUUUUUUUAGUUAAAAUACUGAAGUAAAAAAUAAAACCAAGACAUUUUUGAAGCAUUAUUUUAAGUGAUCAGUUAUUUUCUCUACAGUCCUGGACUUAAUGAGGUGUUAUCACCUGGCUGUUUUAUUUAUUUGCACAAGUGAGUCUGCUUUAAGUCUUUACUGGGACUUCAUGCCCCACUAAUGUAGUUCUGUCAGAGUGCUCAUGCAGGUAAACACUGCACUAGGAAUUCUGGAUUUACGGAUUUUUUUUUUUUAAGAAGGCUAGAAGAUUUUUUUUUAGUUCCUAUUCAAGUAGGGUGUUACCUGAAGUUCAUUUUAUUUUAGUUCUUUCUGUUAAUGUGUACUUUUGCGUAUAGACUGUUGCAUAAGGACUGUUGUCUUGCAAGAGAGCCCAUAGGCCUUUGAUAUUUUACAUCAGUGAACAAGAAUGUUAAAUGUUGAUAAAACAACCUUUAUUUUUGAGUUUUAUAUAUAUAUAUUUUUAAUUGCCCAGUCUGAGGUUUUAAGUGAUAAACAUGAAUUGUAAACUCAAUUGCCUUGUAACCAAAUGAUAUAAAUGCUUCAUGAUUUCAGUGAAGAACAUGCUGUAGAUUUUCCUGUAAAUGAGCUUGAUCAAUGAAUAUGUGUGCUACUGAGCUUUAACUAAUGUGAUCUUCCACUGUAGAAAGUCAUUGUUAUGGAUCAAAUAUAGGUACUAAACUAUGUUUAAAUGGAUAAACAGGGAUUUUACAGUUUUGAAAGCAAUGAAGAUACGGCUGUUCCUCAGCCCAUCUGCUUGCCAUUCAGAAGAGUUGUAAUGCAGUGCUUCCUAUGCUAUAGAAUUAUUUUUCAGCUUUCAAUGACUGUAGCAUGAUUCCUUUUUGUACUGUACUGUGUACAGACUUCCCAUGUUUUGCACUUUUCUAUGGCAAACCUUGACUGCUUUAUAAAUACUCUGUUGUGUAGUAAGUAGUGGUAGUGGUAGCAGGCAUUUGUGUGCUGCAUAAUCAGUUUGGACUGCUCCAUUUGCGAGGUUCACUUGGGCUAAUGUUGUGUGUUGCUGGUUGCUUGUUGUAGCUCACGUGUCAGUACUGUUCAAAGUUACAAAGUCAGCCCUCAUUGCACAAUGAAAAAUCACUGUGAUCUGUACAUAAACCCUAGUAAAACUUUAUUGCUGUUUAAUUUAAUGUAAUAUCUGUCAAAUCUGGAUUCAUUUAAUAAACCUUUAUAUCUUUUCAAA